AAUGUCAAGUUAAAAUGAUUGCUGGGAUCAAAAGGCUGAUCCAAAUGGUCUGAAAUUUGGAUAUGUUGUAGCCCUAUGAAUAUAGUUUCAGUAGCAACAAGAAUCAACGGAUUUGGUUAAGUAUCAAGGGAGAAAUGAUCAAAAUGAGGAAGCAUGGUAAAGUGUACAAUCGUAUGACUUCCCUUGUGGUCUUAUUGACAUGCAUGAAUAUAACCAUGAUUAUGAUGAUUGUAUACGUGUCUUGGUGCUUGAAUAACCUGGAAAUCUUGUACAUAAAGGUAAGGAUCAAGCCGGGGGCUCAUCCAAAGGCAAGGGCAUAGCCGAGUGAAGACAAAGCUAUCAAGAUCAGAAGUAAGGUCUGUACUGUAGAUAUCGGGACUCAAGCGUGAAGGGAAGCCAUGAGGUGGGCGGAGGACUCCGAACUCCUUAAAUGUUUUAUGUUGUGUGGAUUUUGUAAUAAAGCGGACUUCCCCGGUUUUCUGUUUUGACUCUGAUGAAAAUGUAAAUUAUGGUUUGAAGUUUGAGAAAAAAAAAUAUAUGUAGAGCUCGGGCCCGAGAAUGUUUAAACUUGAUGUAUUUUACUGUUUCGUUUUGUAAUAUAAAGUAAGGG